UAGUGAUUUGUAUUCUAUUUUACUUUCAGCACAUGAAAAUAUUUCUACUUCUGACCAUCGAAGAGAAUGGAAAACCAUUUUCCAGAUCAGCCCUCAUACAUCCUCCUGAUGGCCUAACAACUGAAUGACAUGUCGAUGCUGAGUAUGAUCCAUUUCAAUCAUUUGAGGAAGCUCUCCCUGAUAUAGGGGAUUGGAUGUACAAUGACGGACAUACGUUUAAUGAAGGAUUUGAAGAUGGUUUGAGUGAGGAGUGUGCAGAAGAGUCCAAUUUCAAGGACACAACAGACAAACCAAUACAUGACAAUGCAUCAGAAACCAUGGCAGAGUGCCUUCUGAUCAGCAUGGGUUAUGUAAACUGUCCUAAAGUCACAGGUAAGGCCCUAAGCCAUAUGCUCAAAAUGUUCAAGUUGCUUUAUCCCGAUAGUCUGAACACAGACUGCUUAAACAGUGUGCAGAAGUUCCAAAACUUUUUUUUAUCCCACUCUGCAUCAUCGCCUACUAUAUUACAUAAAUCCUCCAAGAAUUGUUUUGGGCCAAUAGAAAGUAAACAAAUAAAAUGCCUGCUUUGUGGGACCAGUGUGUCAGAAGAAAGGUUCUCAUCCUUUUUUUAAAGUAUGUACAGAUUGAUUUCUUGUUUACCACAGCACAUUCAUGUGCCAAAUGGGCCCUCGUUGGUGAAUAUAAACAUGCAGGUUUUUCUUUGCUGCAAGAUAGUGUAACAUAUGAGACAUGCAGUCAUGUUAUUCCCCUAUUGGAAACCUCUGCAGUACAGUAGUAUUCUUGGAUGACAUAUUGGGUAAAGUUGUUUUCCUUGACUUCACAUCUAUGCCUGGCAUAGUGAUUGCAGUUCAUUUCCCCAACACACUUGAAAAGUUUGAAAUAAUGAAGAACUGAACUGGCCUAAGAAGCCACAAAUCAAAUCUUUAAUCAUUGUUAUAAAUGCUCUGAAAAUACACACUGAUGUGAUGUUGCCGUGGAUUCUGUAAAUAUGUACUGUAUAUGGAGUAUCAUUGUUGAUGAUGUUUUUGCAUUGUGUGUAAUAUUUCAGUGGCAAAUAUAUUACAUUUACUUGUUUAAUAAAGCCACUGUCCUUUUUAAUGAAUACAUAGGCCUACUAUGCUACUGUAUUUUAAUAUUAGUCCUUAUGAUGGUGGUUGGAGAGCCAAAUAUCUUCUGAAGUGGUACUUUGUUAAAAGAGUUUGAGAACCACUGCUCUAGAAAGUUCACAAAUGUUAAAAGCUCUUAAAAAGUGUCUUGUGAUCAUAUCAGUAUUGUUUGGGUUCAGUUUUAAAUCUCACAAUUGUAGUCACUGAGUUACUGUACAUGACGUGUGGAUAAGAAAUCAACAAAUUAAGUCCAACUUUAUUUAAAUAAACCAUUUAGAUUACAGACCAUAUAUCCAUAUUGUCUGAAUUCAUUAUUUUCUCCCAAUGUUGGCAUGAGAUCAACUGGAAUAUGAUUGAGGUAUAACUAAAUUGAGCCCAUUAAAAUGCAUUUUUUUAGAAAACGGGUGUAUCUAACAACUCAAAUAGUGAGCAGUGAGAGACAAAACCAAGUAUAUCUCUCACUGAGACAUCAUUGAGACAUAUUGAAACCAAUACUCAUCAAUUGUCUUUUUGCCGAAAUAGAAAAGAGACAUCUGAGAACUCAAACAGUGAGUAGUGAGAAACAAAACCAGGUGUUUCUCUCACUGAGUCAUAAUUGAGACAUAUUGGAGACCAGCUCAUUCAUCUCUCAUUUUGGUCUUAGUUGAAAUGGGGAAAAGAGAUAACUAUUGGACAACUAUGAGAUCUCUCAUAGUGCUCACUGUGAGCCUUAUUUCUCAGGAGAUACAUUUGAGAAGAAUGAGAAAACUACUUUGGUCUCCAUUAGUGCUCUUUUAUGUCUAGGAGAUAGAUAUAAGACAUACAUGAGAUCUCAUCUUCAAUUUUGCUUUGCUAUGGGAAACAAGAGUUUGAUGAGCAUUCCUCAACUUUUUCGGUCUUUUUUGACACUCGUGCCAGCUUUUUUUAAGCAUGUUGCAGGCAUCAAAUUCCAAAAUGAGCUAAUAUUUGCAAAAAAAAAAGUUUCUCAGAUCCAACAUCAAAUAUCUUGUCUUUGCAGUCUAUUCAAUUGAAUAUAAGUUAAAAAGGAUUUACAAAUCAUUGUAUUCUGUUUUUAUUUACCAUUUACACAACGUGCUACUUCACUGGUUUGGGGUUUUGUACAUGUUGACAGUACAUUGCAGUGUUAUUUUGUUACAGCCGUGCCCACUGUGUGAAGUACUUUUGCAAGACUCCUAGCAAUAAUAUUACACUUCACCAAAGAGCCUGCUGUAAAAGAAAUGACCAUUGAAUGAAGAUACAUACUCAGGUCACCGUGAUCUGAAAAGGAGAGUGAAGAAUGUUUUUGUAUUCCCCAGAUUCUAAUCAUCUUGGAUGAAUAAACAAGCAAUUCCUAAUUUCACUUGGAAAUGUGUUUACUAUAAAAGUGUAGCACUGUUUCCACACAAAAUACCUUCUGUUUUUGGAAAGAUGCCCAUGUGUGUCUUCCAGGUUGAACAUUCCACCCUUUGUGCCUGCCCGGACUGUGCUGGAAGGCCUCGAGUCAGAGGAUGCGUGUGAAGACAAGAAAGCUGUAAAAAAGGAGAUCCAUAGCAAAAAGGGAGCCAAAAAGGACAAAAUGGAAGAGGAGAAUACAGACCUGCUCAGACUUUGCCACACAGUACCGCUGGAGGUGGUGAACUUAGGUGGGAAAGGUUACGAUCCAGAGAAGAAAGACUACUCAGGUUUUGAGGCCUGGUUGCAGUGUUACUAUGUGGAUGGAAUGAAGUCUGUACGCGACCACAAUGGCAGGACUAUGUGGUUCAAAGGCGAUCCAGGUCCUAUGGCUCCUAAAGAAUCAAAGUCUCCAAAGGCCAAAAAGAGAAAAGAUACAGAUGCAGACCAUGAUUACCCCCGCAAGAAAAAGGUAUAUUCAGUAGGUAAUCACCACCAGCACAUAGAAAUCUAACCCCAUUGUGGCUGUACUUCAGGUGUCCAGGAAACACAACUCUGACAGCACAGUGAAGAAAAAAGCAGCCAAAAAGCCCACAAAAGCAGCAAAGGAAGAAGAAAAUGGACCUCAAGAAGAAGCCACACCCAGAAGAAGAUCAGCAAACACACCUCAGCAAGAACCGAAAUCCACGUCAGGCAGGAGGAAAAAGAACAAUACAGAGCCAGCUGCAGGUCUGAUUCUAAUAAUACUCCCAUUUUCUGAAAAUAUUAAGAGCCUGAUCUUUGAGGAUCCAAUUCCCACACACUUAUCUGUGUGCGCAAACUAUAAAAUUGCAUGUACUGUUGGUGGACGUGUUGUAUGUGAUCUACUUUGUGCAAUUGAUAGCAGCAAAAGUGGCACAGAUCACCCUAUUUUUGUGUACUAGAAGCAUUAUGUGCCCUUGGAAACACUUCUUUCCCUCUACAUUCAUGUUAUUAUGCUCUCCACACUGGAGGGGGGCUUAUAUUAGAUUAUAGCACAUAUCGAUCAUCUAACACCUUUUCUGCAAUAUAGAAUCACAGUAUGUAUACUAUUUGCAGCAGGAAUGAUCAAACUGCAUAUUGCAAGACAUUUUUUUUAGGAGUUAUACUAAAUACAAAAAAAAAAACGCAACGCUUUUGUUCUUGUUCCCAAUUUAAAUGAACUCAAAGAUCGAAAACUUUGACUAUAAACACAAAAUACCUGUUCCUCUCAAAUAUUGUUCACAAAUCUGUAUACAUUUGUUAGUGAGCAUUUUUUCUUUGCCAAGAUAAUCCAUCCCACCUGACAGGUGUGCCUUGAGCUGUCCAAAAUAAAAGGCCACUGUGAAAUGUGCAGUUUUAUCACACAACACAAUGCUUCAGAUGUCGCAAGUUUUGAGGGAGCGUGCAGUAGGCAUGCUGACUGCAGCAAUGUCCACCAGAGCUGUUGCCCGUCAAUUAAAUGUUUAUUUCUCCGCCAUAAGAAUAGAAUAGAAUAGAAAGUACUUUAUUGAUCCCUGGGGGAAAUUCAGCACCACAGUUCGCUCACAAUAAACAAUGAUAAUAAUAAAUAAUAUAAUAUAUAUGAAUAAUAUAAAUAUAUUCUACAUUUAAGUGCAGUCAAGGAACAUAUGCAUUAUACAGUCGGAUGGCUGUCGGUGUGAAGGACCUCCUGUGUCGUUCCGUGUUGCAUUUUGGGAGUCUGAGCCUUCCACUGAAGGUGCUCAUUCUCUCUGCAAGGUCCGAGUGUAGUGGGUGGGAGGUGUUGUCCAUAAUGGCUAGGAGUUUUGCUAGACUUCUCUCUGACACCACCGCCAGAGAGUCCAGCUCCACUCCCAUCUUGUUACUGGCCUUCUCUACCAACUUGUCCAGUCUGUAUGUGUCCCUCACUCUCAGCCCGCUGCCCCAGCAGGCCACGUCGUACAAGAGGGCGCCUGCCACCAGCGACUCGUAGAACAUCUUCAACAUCUUUGUACAGACGUUGAAGGAUCCUAGCCUCCAAAGGAAAUAUAGAUUCGGCUCUGUCCCUUCUUGUAGAGGGCCUCAGCGUGUUUUGACCCAUUCAGCUUGUUGUCCAUGUGUACUCCGAGGUAUUUAUAAUCCUCUACCAUGUACACAUCCACCCCUUUGAUGGAAACAGGGGUCGCCAGAGUACUCCUCCUCCUUCCCAGGUCCACAACCAGCUCCUUGGUCUCCGUAACAUUGAGCUGGAGGUGGUUCUUUCCACACCAUGUGACAAAGUCCUCCACCAGUGUCCUGUAUUCCUCGUCAUCACCUUCCUCAAUACACCCCACUAUCGCAGAGUCAUCAGAAAACUUCUGAAGGUGGCAGGACUCUGACUGAUAGUGGAAAUGGGUGGUGUAAAUGGUGUAGAGGAAGGGGGAAGAGUACUGUAGCCUCCGGGGCCCCGGUGUUGCUGACCAGCCUGUCAGACACACAGUCCUGCAGUGGCAUAUACUGUGGUCUGUCAGUCAGGUAAUCUACAACCCAGGACACCAAGGGGGCCUCCACCUGCAUCUUCUCCAACUUCCCACCCAGUAGCCCAGGCCGUUUAGUAUAAGCCGCCUCCAAAGGUGUUUCAGAGAAUUUGGCAAUACAUCCAACUGGCCUCACAGCCGCAGACCAUAUUGAUUGGCUGAGACCUGCCACCCGGACAGCUGCUACAACAAUUGGUUUGCUUAACCAUAGCAUUUCUGCACAAACUGUAAGAAACUACCAUGAAUUGAUUAACGUGGACCCCGACUUAAACAAGUUGAAAAACGUAUUGGGGUGUUACCAAUUAGUGGUCAAUUGUACGGAAUAUGUACUGAACUGUGCAAUCUACUAAUAAAAGUAUCAAUCAAUCAA